AUGUUCGGAGGAUCAUCGCCAAGAACAAGAGAAACUACAGGAACUGGCGAGAUGAGGGAUCUAAUCGGGACAGAUGCUCUAGGCUGGGUUUCGGGUGGGGAUGAGCUUGAAAGGUGCAGGGCUGUCAUCCAGAGUAUCAAGGAUGGUUUGAUGGAACAUUCAAGCUCUGAGAUGGAGAAAACUGCGGUUCUUUCUCAUUUUCCUUUCGACAAUCAUGAAGAAAAUGCGGAUAUAUUUUGA